GAUUACAGGCGUGAGCCACCACGCCCAGCCCCCAACAUGUAACUUCUGUUAGCUUCAAAGCCACCUCUGGGGCCCUGCACCAGACUAUGAGCUGAAGGACACCCGUGCCUUUUCACCCCUGUAGCUCCAGCAUCCUGGCACACUGUCUAGAAUGUUCAGUGAAUGUGCAUGGAAGGGCAUUCUGGCUCCAGGGAGCGAGAACUGAGUCAGCUCUGGGAACAGAUGAGUCAGGCUGGUGGUUGAGGCAUUGCUUUUCAAGCCCUUCAUGUGGCUGGAAGAACCAGACAACUGGAACUGGAUCAACAGGGGUGAUGGCGUGGCAAGAGUUAUCCCCCGGCAGUGCCCUUCUGGCCUCACUUGCCUUCUUGGGCCAGGAAAGGCAAAGCUCACGGGGCUGUAUUCACUGCCCACCCCUUCCCCCAUCCCAUGCCAUUGGCUCUGGAGGGUCUGUGAAACCCUGAGUCUGGAGGAGAACAGUUGACCAGCAGGGCUGGCCCUCAGCAUAGUCCUCUCUGUUCCCAUUGACCCGCUCUGCCAGCCCCAGAUCCUGGCAGGAAGGGAGAUUGGAGGGGUUGUCUGGAAUCCAAUCCCAGACCUUCCCUUGCAGUCUUGCCCACCUGUCUGUGGUCUAGUGUGGAGAUGAGGUCCAGGGUUUGGGAGGGGUGUGGGGACACAUGUCUGCCAAGGCACUGAGCCCUCCCAGCUGGAAAAUCCUCUGAACCUGUGAGAAGAGAACACAGCCAGCAUGGACACACCCUUACCCUUAGUCUCAGUUCCCACCAAGACAGAGAGCAUUUCCUGUGCCUUUUCCGCUAUUUCACAACCUGCCUUUUCUUGCUCACCAAGGUAGAGGCUUCUUCUCCUGCCAGAAGCCAGACAGCUGGCUCCAGCCUCUCCUGCUCAGCGCCAUGGACAAGACCCCUAGUGACCAUCUGUUGUCCACCCUGGAGGAGCUGGUGCCCUAUGACUUUGACAAGUUCAAGUUCAAGCUGCAGAACACCAGUGUGGAGAAGGAGCACUCCAGGAUCCCCCGGAGCCAGAUCCAGAGAGCCAAGCCAGUGAAGAUGGCCGAUCUGCUGGUCACCUACUACGGGGAAGAGUACGCUGUGCGGCUGACCCUGCAGGUCCUGCGGGCCAUCAACCAGCGCCUGCUGGCUGAGGAGCUCCACAGGGCAGCCGUUCAGAAAUAUUCCACACAAGAAAAUGGCACAGACGAUUCCGCAGCGUCCAGCUCCCUGGAGGAGAACAAGCCCGGGAGCCUGAAGACUCCAGACCACCCCGAGGUGAAGGAGGGAAAGGAGGGGAACGGCCCUCGGUCGUGCGGGGACUGGGCUGCCAGCCCGCGGUACAGCCAGCCCGAGGCCGGGAGGGGGCUGUCAAGCAAGCCCUCGAGCAAAUGCAGAGAGAGCCUGGACGCGCAGGGCAAGCCUCGGACCCAGACCCGAGGGAGAAGCCCCGGCCCCAGCCCCUGCAGCGCGCCAGAGCGGGGCCAGGCCAACGGUCCCCCGCGCAGGAACGCCAGCUCCCCGAGGCUGGCGGGGGGCGCGCCGGGGUGGAAGGAGUGCAGGUCCUUUGAAGUGGACCUGCCCUCGGGAAAGAAGCGGCCUAAAAGCCUUGAGCUCUCCAUUUUCACAGGGGAGAAGGCGCCCCCAAAUCCAGAAACUCUCCUGACUGUAGAGGAAACGACAGCUGCGAAUCCGGACUCGGCAACAGGCGCUCAGGCAAGGCCCACUCCGGAUGGAGGGGCGUCUGCGGACCUGGAGAAAGGCCCUGGGAAUCCAGAACAUUCGGUCACCGGAAAGCCACCAGACAAGGCUGCGAGUCCCCGUUGCCACGCCCAAGAAGGAGACCCUGUUGGCGAUAUCUGUGUGCGUGAUUCCUGCAGCUGCCCUGAGGCAGCUUCUGGGCACCCCCAGGCCUCAGGCAGCCGCUCACCUGACUGCCCCCGGUGCCAGGCCUCCCAUGAAAGGAAGAGCAUGGGAAGUCUAAGCCCCCAGCCCCUUCCACAGUGUAAGCGCCACAUGAAGCAGGUCCAGCUGCUAUUUUGCGAGGAUCACCGUGAGCCCAUCUGCCUCAUCUGCAGUCUGAGUCAGGAGCAUCGAGGCCACCGGGUACGCCCCAUUGAGGAGGCUGCCCUGGAACACAAGAAGCAAAUUCAGAAGCAGCUGGAGCAUCUGAAGGAGCUGAGAAAAUCAGGGGAGGAGCAGCGAUCCUAUGGGGAGGGCAAGGCAGUGAACUUUCUGAAACAGACUGAAGCGCUGAAGCAGCGGAUGCAGAGGAAGCUGCAGCAGGUGUACCACUUUCUGGAGCAGCAAGAGCAUGUCUUUAUGGCCUCGCUGGAGAACGUGGGCCAGAUGGUCGGGCAGAUCAGGAAGGCAUACGACACCCGCAUAUCCCAGGACAUCACCCUGCUCGACGCGCUGAUUGGGGAACUGGAGACCAAGCAGUGCCAGUCGGAAUGGGACCUUCUGCAGGACAUCGGAGACAUCUUGCACAGGGCUAAGACAGUGCCUCUCCCUGAACGGUGGACGACUCCUCAAGAGAUGGAACAGAAGAUCCAACUGCUCCUCCAGAAGUUAGAGUUUGUGGAGAAGAGCGCAAAGUACUUCUUAGAAACCCUGCGUUCAGAAAUGGAAAUGUUCAAUGUUCCAGAGCUGAUUGGUGCUCAGGCACAUGCCGUUAAUGUGAUUCUGGAUGCAGAAACCGCUUACCCCAACCUCAUCGUCUCUGAUGAUCUGAAGAGUGUUAGACUUGGAAACAAGCGGGAGAGGCUGCCUGAUGGCCCGCAAAGAUUUGACAGCUGCAUCGUUGUUCUGGGCUCUCCGAGCUUCCUCUCCGGCCACCAUUACUGGGAGGUGGAGGUCGGAGACAAGACAGCGUGGAUCCUGGGAGCCUGCAAGGCAUCCAUAAGCAGGAAAGGGAACAUGACUCUGUCACCAGAGAAUGGCUACUGGGUGGUGAUAAUGAUGAAGGAAAAUGAGUACCAGGCAUCCAGUGUUCCCCCAACCCGCCUGCUAAUAAAGGUGCCUCCCAAGCGUGUGGGCAUCUUUGUGGACUACAGAGUUGGAAGCAUUUCCUUUUACAACGUGACAGCCAGAUCCUGCAUCUAUACAUUCACCAGCUGCCGUUUCUCUGAGCCCCUUCAACCUAUCUUCAGCCCUGGGACACAUGAUGGAGGGAAGAACACAGCUCCUCUGACUAUCUGUCCAGUGGGUGGUCAGGGGCCUGACUGAAUGCCCAACACUGCAUCUCUCUUCCACCUUCUGGCCUUGUAUCUUGCAUUCACAUACUCAGCAGUCACGAAAUGCCACCUGGGUGCCAGCCGCUACAGGAAAUGCAACGAAUAACAAAAUAGUUACUGUGCCCAUGGAGCCUACCCGAUUACAGCAGAGCUAAGUUAGGAACGAACAUAUUAGUAAAUCCGCUGAAGAAAUGUACUGAUGACACACCAUGGAUUUCAGAGAAGGAAGUACAGGGUCGUUGCAUAAUCCAUCCCUGGUGAAUGGUACUCUCAGGUGCUCCUGAACAGAAGAUUUGGCCCUCAUUUUCCCUCAGAACCCCACGGCAAGGACAUGUCCCCUGGUUCUCUCUGCUUUUGUCUUGAGGACAUGGGAAGUCUAGAGAAACACAAGCAGACUGGAUUGGGAUAGAAGUAUUUGUGUACCUGGAUUAAUGAACUAUGAUUUUUUUUUUUGAGACGGGAUCUUGCUUUGUCACCCAGGCUGGAGUGCAGUGGCACUAUCUCAGCUCACCGCAACCUCCACCUCCCAGGUUCAAGUGAUCCUCCUGCCU